AUGGCGACCGAGGAUGUGAACGAAGCCCUUACGGCGGCGGCGGAAGUACCGGCGACAGAUGCGGCGGAGAAGCAACCUCACAAGCUCGAAAGAAAGUGGAGUUUCUGGUUCGAUAACCAAUCUAAGCAAAAGCAAGGCGCCGCUUGGGGUGCUUCCCUUCGUAAAGCCUACACCUUCGACACCGUCGAAGAUUUCUGGGGAUUGCACGAGACUGUGUUCAAGCCUAGCAGAUUGAAUGCGAAUGGUGAAAUGCACUUGUUCAAAGCUGGUGUUGAGCCAAAGUGGGAAGAUCCAGAGUGUGCGGAUGGUGGAAAGUGGACACAUGUUGUUACCGGAGACAGGAAAAGCGCCAUGGACAAGGCUUGGCUUGAAACUUUGAUGGCUUUGAUUGGAGAGCAAUUUGAUGAGGCAGAUGAGAUAUGUGGUGUGGUUGCUAGUGUGCGGCCAAUGUCAAAGCAGGACAAGCUCUCCUUGUGGACUAGGACGAAAUCAAAUGAAGCUGUUCUGAUGGGUAUUGGGAAGAAGUGGAAGGAUAUACUUGAUAUCACCGACAAGAUUUCUUUCAACAACCACCAUGAUGAUUCUAGAACUAGAAAUCGGUUCACUGUCUGA